CUGAUUGACAGUCAGAUCGUUUCUCUCCACAGCGAUGAUCUGCAGUCGCCUUUAGGAUAAUCUCAGCAACGUUCAAUUUUGCGGCCAAAUGCAAAUCUUGUCCUUGCAUCAGAGAGGCGAAAACCUUACUGUUGAGAUGGGUAAUAGCAGUGAUGAGACCAGCAUUUUCCUGUCAUCGAUAUCACCGGAGGAAGAUAUUUUUUUUGGAAUAAUUUAUUCGAUAUAUGCUAUUUUAUCUCUGAUUGGAAACAGCAUUCUUUUGUUUAUUGCACUUAGGAAAAGACACAUGCUUAAACCAGCUGAAUAUUUCAUUGUGAACUUAGCCAUCAGUGACCUUGCAAUGAUCAUAACUCUAUUACCACUGGCUAUUCCAUCAUUAUUUGCACACAGAUGGUUGUUUGGUCAAAGUUGGUGCAUCUAUUAUGCCUUCUGUGGUAUGCUAUUUGGUGUCUGCAGCCUUACUAAUCUGACAAUGUUGAGCAUUGUCUGCUGUGUGAAGGUCUGUUACCCUGCAUAUGGGAACAGAAUUACAUCGGAGUAUACUUGCCUCCUCUUGAUUUGUGCUUGGGCAUAUGCUUCAAUAUUUGCCAUUUCUCCUCUGGUAAAGUGGGGCCAUUAUGGACCAGAGCCUUACGGGACUGCUUGCUGUAUAGAUUGGAAAGCGCCGAAUUCAGAUUCCCAUGCAAUGUCCUACAUUAUUGCACUUUUUGUCUUUUGCUACAUCCUCCCCUGUGGUAUAAUCAUGAUAUCAUACACACUCAUCCUGCUAACUGUAAAAGGUUCAAGAAGAGCAGUGCAACAGCAUGUGUCCCCACAAACAAACUCAAGCAAUGCUCACAGUUUAAUUGUAAAGUUGAGUGUUUCUGUGUGCAUUGGAUUCUCAGCAUCAUGGACACCAUAUGCAAUAGCAGCCAUGUGGGCAGCAUUUGGCAAUGCUGACAAGGUUCCACCAUUAAUAUUUGCUCUGUCUGCUUUAUUUGCAAAAUCCUCAACGUUAUAUAACCCUCUUGUCCACCUGCUAUUUAAACCAAACUUUCGGAAGGUCCUAUGCAAAGACUGGGCGCAUUUACUCAAUCUGUGCAGGAGACAACAUGGACAUUGGAACAAUGAAGUGGACCUUGCUUUACAAACAGCUUGUGAUCAGACCACAUUGAAUUCCUCCAGACAUCCAGACAGGUUUGCACAUAGGCAUGAUGCCUGCAAUAUAUGCACAGAUACAUUUGAAUAUUUCAGUAACAAUACAAAAUCUCAUGAUUCAGGAGACCCUACAUCCAAAGCCAGUCUUCUUAUUUCAAGUGAUAACAGUCAAGUACAUGGGCCCAUGAAAAUAACUACACUGGUGAUGUUAACCGGAAGCAUAGCAUCUUCAAUCAACAGUAUUGAGGUAUCAAUAGAUGCAUUGCCUACCAAGCAGACCAAGGAUCUCGUACAACAAUGUGAAAAAAAUCCACUACAUCUUGUACCAUCCUGA